AGUCUUCUUCUUUAGUUGAAUUCAGGUCUUCUAUAUAUAUAUAUUUAUAUAUAUAAAUAUAUGUCCACACACUUUUAUGUAUGUAAUUAAUUAGAUACUACGAUUAACUAACGUGUAUCAAAGUAAGAUCAGUAGUGAAAAAAAGAAAAAGAAACAAAGAAAGCAGAAGCAAUGGCAGGUGGUGGAUUUGGGGCCGCAGGAGGAGGCGGAGACUUUGAGGCAAAGAUCACUCCUCUUGUGAUCAUUUCUUGUAUAUUGGCCUCUACCGGAGGCCUCAUGUUUGGUUAUGAUGUUGGUAUUUCUGGGGGUGUUACAUCGAUGCCAGAGUUUCUGAGGGAAUUCUUCCCAGGCGUGUAUAGGAAGAAUCAACAUCCUGGACGUGAAAGCAAUUAUUGUAAAUACGAUAAUCAAGGCUUGCAGUUAUUCACGUCUUCACUGUACCUCGCUGCUUUGGUAGCAACCUUCGUCGCCAUGCACACUACCAAAUCGCUAGGUCGAAAGUUAACCAUGUUGAUGGCUGGCAUUUUCUUUCUGAUCGGAACAGUUUUUAAUUUUGCUGCCCAGAACCUUGCCAUGCUUAUCAUUGGAAGGAUCUUACUUGGUUGUGGAGUUGGUUUUGCUAACCAGGCGGUGCCACUUUUCCUUUCAGAGAUUGCACCCACAAGAAUUCGUGGGGCACUUAACAUACUCUUCCAACUCAUGUGCACUAUUGGCAUUCUUGUAGCAAACAUGAUCAAUUAUGGAACUGCCAAAAUUAAAGGGAACUAUGGAUGGAGGAUAUCACUAGGUUUGGCUGGUGUGCCGGCCAUCUUGCUAACUGUGGGCUCUCUAAUUGUGGUAGACACUCCGAACAGUUUGAUUGCUCGUGGUAAGUUAGAGGAAGGAAAAGCAAUUCUUAAAAGGAUUCGGGGUGUGGACAAUGUCGAACCAGAGUUUUUAGAAAUUGUUGAGGCAAGUCGUGUGGCUCAAGAAGUGAAAAGUCCCUUAAAAAAUCUCAUGAAGCGUAGGAACAGGCCUCAGUUGGUCAUUUCAAUUUGCAUGCAGAUUUUUCAGCAAUGCACUGGCAUUAAUGCAGUCAUGUUCUAUGCUCCUGUUUUGUUCAGCACCUUGGGAUUCAAAACCGAUGCUUCCCUUUACUCAUCUGCAAUAACAGGAGCCGUCAACGUCCUUUCAACCAUUGUAUCAAUCUACUUUGUGGACAGAGCUGGCCGCCGUGUACUCCUGCUAGAAGCAGGUGUCCAAAUGUUUCUUUCUCAAGUGGUGAUUACAAUUGUGCUGGGACUCAAAGUUAAGGACGAUGUUAACAACCUUGGACAUGGAUUAGGAAUCCUUGUGCUGGUUUUUGUGUGCAGUUUUGUUGCCUCCUUUGCAUGGUCUUGGGGACCUCUUGGGUGGUUGAUCCCUAGUGAGAUUUUCCCACUAGAGGCUCGUUCAGCUGGCCAGAGUGUGGCUGUUUUUUUCAACAUGCUGUUCACAUUUAUUAUAGCGCAGGCCUUCCUAUCGAUUCUUUGCCACAUGAAAUUUGCCAUUUUCUUGUUCUUUGCAGCUUGGGUCUUCGUCAUGACAAUCUUUGUAAUCUUUUUAAUUCCGGAGACCAAGGGAAUACCCAUUGAAGAGAUGACUGAAAGAGUCUGGAAGAAACACUGGUUCUGGAAGCAAUAUAUGGAUGAGGUCGAAGAUGAUCCCAAGGGCAAGGCUGAUGCUUGAACCAUCUUUACCCUCUUAUUCCUCUGCCUGCCAGUUUAUUAGUUUAAGGCUGAGGGGUUCUUCAUUAGUUAUAGGAAGUAGCUUCAUAGUGCACGCUCUCUGCAUGCCUUUUCUUUGACAUGGCUUCAUUUCAUUAAAACUAAAUCAAGCAAAGGUAUACAUUACUUUAGCUUGGAGAAUAAGCUCUCUGCAUGUGAUCAAAUGCAAUUUUUUCUUAUCCAAUUAAUGCAAAUUUUAAAGGUUA